AUGCUGAAGGAUACGGAGCAGGCUGUUGACAGUAUCCUGUCGCCGUACAGCUUCGACAUCCCUCACGCGUUCGUUUACAAUGAGAGCAACUACGUGGAGCAGCUGUUUUGUGGGCCCUACAUGGAGAUGGCAAUACACUUUGCCGAGGUGAAUCGCUAUCGACUGCUGCUGGACGAGAUAGAGGGCUUGCCCAAGAAGUCUGUGGUGGAGCAGGACAUUGUCAAUGGGCAAUACAACUUUUCGCUGCACGGGGUUCUCAUUAGACCCAUGGAGGAAGAGAAAUUUGCCGAAGAAACGCAGUACAGCUAUCCGCUGGAGAUGAUGAUGAGCUGUGUGAUGGUGCCGCUGGACCCGGAGCUGCCCAAGUGGAUGUACGUGGUCUGGCCCCUGGGAAAAUACAUCUGGUCCACCCUGUUUCUUGCCAUAUUCUAUGUGGCUUUUCUGCUCAGAUAUCUGCACUGGCGCGAAUCGGCGAAUGCGACCCGCUCCUUUACCAGGAACAUGCUCCAGGCCAUGGCCAUCCUGAUGUUCAGCCCCAACAUGAACAUGAAUCUAAGGUUGAGCCAGGCUACAUUGCGUGUAAAUUUGUUCUACACGCUGCUGUUCGUCCUCGGCUUCAUUCUCAAUAAUUACCACUCCAGCCACAUGACAGCCUACGAUAUGAAGCCGGUGUUCACUCGUCCAAUUGAUACCUGGUCGGAUCUGAUUUUCUCACGGCUGCCCAUCAUUCUACCGGAGUCGUUGCUGGAGGAACUGCGCUCGCUCCCUGACUACCAAACCCUGCUGGCGAGUCCCUCACGGUCCUAUGCCUAUGUGGUGACCCAGGAUACCUGGAAGUUCUUCAACCGCCAACAGCGCGUCCUCAUCCAGCCCUAUUUCCGCUUGUCCAGUGUCUGCUUCGGCGGCCUCUUCAAUGCGAUUCCCAUGCGAAGGAACGCGAGCUUCGCUUUGGCGCUGGAUCGUUUCAUUCUAUACAGCUGGCAGGCUGGUCUCUGGAACUACUGGGAGGAUGUGGCCUUUCGCUACGCCGUGCGGGGCGGCUAUGCCCAAAUCUUUCUGGACACAUACCCUGUGGAGCCGCUGGAUCUGCAGUUCUUUACCACAGCCUGGCUGGUGCUAGUUGUGGGCUUCCCCGUGAGCUUUUUGGCCUGGUGCAUUGAGAUAUGUGUGCAUCGGCGGAAGGCGAGGCGCGUCCAGUACGAUCGCUUUGAAUGCUAUGGUUGA